UCGACACAAAGUAACCGCUCGAUACAGACUGCGCGUGAAACACUCAGGCGUUUUCGUGAUUAUUUCUGGGAAAAGAGAAGAAGGAGCAGAAACUGUACUGCGGAGAAAGUCUGAGGGGAGGGGGGGUAAAGCAACACGUAUCUAAGGGGGUGUGUGUGUGUGAGAGAGGGAGAGAGAGAGAGAGAGGGCGAAGGUGGAGAGAGAGAGAGAGAGAGAGAGAGAGACACACACACACACACACACACACAGAGUUACUCAGGAGAAGAGAUUUGCUCGCUUUUGCUGCUUGAAGCCUCGUAGGAAUUAUGAGGAACGUUGGGAUGAUACUGACCCUCUGUCUGAGCGUCCUUCUGUCCGGAGAGAGGAUAUUGGUCACGGCUGCAAAGUCUCCGUCCUCCGCAGAUGAUCUGUACCUUGAGGAGACAGGGUCUGGAGGAUACCCUGAAGAUGACGACGACUUCAACUCUGGAUCAGGCUCAGGUGCUGGUGCGGAAGAGGAGACGGUGGUUACAGUAAACACGAUAUUCAUAGCACCCAAAGCAAAGCCUACGCAGGACACCACCAAAGACUUCACACCCAGAGUGGAGAGUUUCACAGCCAGGGACUGGGACCGGGACCACACAAGAGACCUGCCUAAACAGCCUGUCAGGACAGAGCCUCCGGUUCCCAUCACUGAGGAUAUGCGCAGAAAUGGAGUCGCUGGAACCACUAGCUCUCCUCGCUCCGCUGUAGAGCCCUACGAGGUGCACUCGGAAAACCUCUUCCAGAGGACGGAGGUAUUGGCAGCCGUCAUCGCGGGCGGAGUCAUCGGCUUCCUCUUCGCCAUCUUCCUCAUCCUCCUCUUGGUGUACCGCAUGAGGAAGAAGGACGAAGGCAGCUACGACCUCGGUGAGCGGAAACCGUCGGGAGCGGUGUAUCAGAAGGCUCCUACCAAGGAGUUUUAUGCAUAGACUCCAUUUCCACAAUUGUCUCGCAAGCUAAACUUCAUCAGUGACGGCAACGACGGUCCCAUAUCGCCGACGAAGACAAAUAACGUUCAAGUAAAGAUCAAAACUAAGACACCAACCGAGGAACAUGAGUAACAUAAAGAAAGCUUUUGCGUAGAGUAUUGUAAUUCCUUUCUUUCUUUCUUUUUUUUUUUAAAUAAAUAAAAAAACAAGCAAUUAUGGUAAAUCUCAGUGUAUUUAAACUUUUAUUGUGUAUUAUUUUGAAAAAGGCUGAAAAGAAAAAAAAACACAAACAAUAUCUGUAAAGGUGAGGAAUCUUCAUCUUUCUGUCAAAGGAGCUGUUUUUAGUCGCUGACUACUUUUUAACUGUAGCAGUAUGUAUUUGUAAAGUAAAAAAAAAAAAAGAAACGAUUUGAAUAGAAUUGUUCUGUAUCAGUCCUGCUUUCUUUUUCAGCAUUAGGUUUUUGUCUUAGCAUGUCUAAUGUUGAUGUUAAAGGUGUAUCUCAUUAACUUAUCUUUUUUUUUUUUUUUUUUUUACACCCUGGUGUUUUUAAAAAUGCCUUUCUUUACUUUUUUACAGAGCUUUUCAUCUCGAGAUUAACAGUUAUCCUUCAGUGUAAGCGUGCUCCCAGGGACUUUUUAUUUUUAAGCCCUCGUGUCCACCUGGUCAGUUAAAAAAAAAAAAAAAUCAUUUUUUUCUUCUCGCUUCUUGUGUAAUAUCACUUUGUGGUUCAGUCAGUAAUUGGACGUGAGGGUGAGAAGUGACGGGACAGAGGUAGAGCAUGUAACUUUAUGAUUUUGGUUAAUUUGGUCCCAUUUGGUACGUGUAGGUGCUUGUCGGAGUUUGAGUUUAAAAGAAAAGGAACAAAAAAAAACAAAAAAACAAUCCCCUUUAUUUUUCUUCCUCGCACCACUAUACAAUACUGAUUGACCAUGACGGGAACUGAAUGUUUUUGGCUUCGAUAUCAGUCAUAUCUGUAAGUUUAGAUUACUGUGUAGAAGGAAGUGACACACUGGGGUUUCAGCACAUCCUAUUUAACCACGACUGGUGCAUUUACGCAUAAGCUGAUUUUUUUUUUGCCAUUUUUUCCCCCCACCCGCUGAGGCUUAAUGGUUGAGUCUGCUGCCCCACUGGUUUGUUUGUUCCUCUCUCUUGGGUGUGAUGCCUUUUGGAUUUCGAGCCCGGCCCGGCCCGGCUGCCUCCCUCCCCAAGACACAUGGGUGUUUUUUUUUUUUUUUUUUUUUUUUUUUGCUUCUGGUAAAGUCUCCAGAGUGAUUCAUGCCAAACUGUUUUGAUCUAAUCAGGUCCCUUUUGUUAGAAGCUAUACUUAGACCUGGAGAACUGCUCUGAUUAAUAGCCUGCGACUCAUCUUAAAUGAUAAUGAGUCCAGGAAGUUCCUUUCCGAGUGGUUUCUCUGCUCGGGAAGGCUACAUGAAUUCGGCAGGUCAUGAAGUCGUACUGAGAAGGAAGGAGAGCAGAGCGCGGAGAGGCCCCUGUUUCUGAACACGUCACACACUGCAUACUAAACUCCACACAUUCACGGGCUUUGCUUCAUGUUCUUAAUGCCGUGUGGACAUGAUCCACCUUAGCUGGACAUGGACACAGAACAUUACUGCAACACAGAAUUAAGGGAUUCUUACAUUGUGGUAUCAUAUUCUCUUGGCCACCUUUUUGAGUUUUCACAUUUUAUUGUGACUUUUUCAUCAUUGUUAUUAUUAUUAUAAGUUUUUUAUCCUUUAGACUUUUUAAAGACGAGUCCAAAUGCUUAUUCACAUAUAGAAAAAAAACUAUAUCGAAUAAAAUAUAUAAAUGUAUAUUCACGAAAUGUUUUAAACCUUCAAAGUGCCUAUCAUUUGAAAAUGUGCUUGUGUGUGUGUAUCGGCUAAAAGGGAGUGUGUACACCGGAGUGGGCCGGAGCAACUGGUAUCGUGUAAGCACAGCUGACUGUAACGGUAACCUUUUUUAGUCUUACAAAAUGCAGACAGUAUUGUAAGUUGAAACAACACUACUGAAUAAACAUUGUGGCCUAA